AUGGUUUUAAAAUCCACAUCAGCUAGUGACAUAUCAGUAUACCAAGUAUCAGGUACAAACGUAGCAAGAUCACUACCCGAUUGGAUAGCUAAAAAAAGAAAAAGAGCCUUAAAAAAUGAUUUUGAAUAUCAAAACAGGGUUGAUUUAGUUCAAGAUUUCGAAUUUAGUGAAGCUUCUAAUAAAAUUAAAGUUACGCCUGAUGGGCAAUUUGCUAUGGCUACAGGUACGUACAAGCCACAAAUCCACGUUUAUGACUUCAAUAAUUUAUCGUUAAAAUUUGAAAGACAUACUGACGCAGAAAAUGUUGAUUUUUUAAUACUAAGUGAUGAUUGGACUAAGUCAGUUCAUUUGCAAAAUGAUAGAAGUAUUCAGUUCCAAAAUAAAGGUGGACUACACUAUACUACUAGGAUUCCCAAAUUUGGCAGAUGUUUAAGUUAUAACAAGAGUAAUUGUGAUUUGUAUAUUGGCGCUUCUGGAGAUGAAUUGUAUAGGUUAAAUUUGGAACAAGGUAGAUUUUUAAACCCGUUUAAACUGGAAACAGAAGGUGUUAAUUGCAUUGAUAUUAAUCCAGUGCAUGGUUUGAUUUCAAUAGGCAUGGAGAACAACAAAGUUGUUGAAUUUUGGGAUCCAAGAAGUAGAAGUAGAGUUUCUAAACUGUUUUUAGAAAAUCAGUUAGAUAAUUCACAAUUCCAAAUAACCGCCACUAGUUUUAGAAAAGAUGGAUUAAAUUUUGCAUGUGGUACUUCUAAUGGAUAUAGUUAUAUCUACGAUUUACGUGCCAACAAUCCAACCAUGAUCAAGGAUCAGGGCUAUGGUUUUGAAAUCAAGAAAAUAAUUUGGCUAGAUGACGUAGAUACCAGCAGUGGUGAUAAUAUCUUGACUUGUGACAAGAGAAUUGCUAAGAUUUGGAAUAGAAAUACUGGUAAAGCUUAUGCCAGUAUGGAACCUAAUGUGGAUAUAAACGAUAUUGAACAUGUCAAGGGUACUGGCAUGUUUUUCACGGCAAAUGAGGGGAUACCUAUGCACACGUAUUAUAUUCCUAACUUGGGUCCUGCUCCUCGUUGGUGUUCAUUUUUGGACUCCAUAACAGAAGAAUUAGAAGAAAAACCAAGCGAAUCAGUAUAUAGUAAUUAUAGAUUUAUUACUAGGGAAGAUGUCACGAAGUUGAAUAUCGGCCAUCUGGUUGGGUCUAAAGUGUUGAGACCUUAUAUGCAUGGGUUUUUCAUCAAUACAGAACUAUAUGAUAGGGUGUCCUUGAUAUCUAAUCCAGAUUCAUUCAAAGACCAAAGAGAAAGGGAAAUUAGAAAGAGAAUCGAAAAGGAGAGAGAAUCCAGAAUUAGGACUGGUGGUGCGAUUGAGAAACCUAAAGUCAAAGUCAACAAAAACUUGGUUGAAAGAUUAUCUACGAAACGUGGUAGCAAAGCAGUUACUGAAAAUGUAUUGAAGGAUGACCGUUUCAAGGAAAUGUUUGAAGAUGAAGAUUUCCAGGUCGACGAAGAUGAUUAUGACUACAAACAGUUGAACCCAGUAAAAUCUGCCAAAGAAACUGAAGAGGGCGCUAAAAAACGUAUUAGAGCAUUAACCGCUGCGGAAGAAUCGGAUGAAGAAAGAAUAGCAGCAAAAGAGGGACGCAGUGGCAAUCACAAUUACUCCGAUAUCGAGGAGGAUGGAUCAGACGAAGAGAAAGAGGAAAAAGAAGAAAAAGAAAAAGCAGAAACAGAGAAAAAAAUGUCUGAGAGGCAAAAAUCACAGAUUAAAAAGCAAUUAGAAAAUAUGAACCGCAGAAAAAAACAGAGAGAAGAAAGUGCCAAGUACUUAAUGGAAAUGAGACCUGGAACUGAUCUUAACCAGGAAGAGCAAAACAAAGCCGAAGUUUCAUUUGGUAAACAAGUUUCUAAAUUAAGAAAGGAACAACUGGAUAGCGAAAGAAAUGACAAUAACACUUUAUUCCGCAGAAAUCAUCGUGGUGAGGCAGAAUUAACGUUCAUACCUAAAAAACCACAGCCACGGCCUAAACAAAAAUCCAAAGAUAAUGGAGAUAAUAACAGUGCCAAUGAUGAUGAUGAUGAUGAUGAUGGCGAUGGUGGAGAUAGAAAAGAUAAUGGAAGAUCUAAACAAAGAUGGGAAGGUAGGAGAAGAGCUAGUAAAAACGUUUUCCGUGGCAUGUAA